GUACUGGCCUAGUGGAUUGACUGAUUCCGUAUCAUCGUGCGUUUCACAAAAUUCAACAAUGCUCCAAGUACAGCGACGGCGGUGUCUGAUAUGAUGGACUACAAUCUAUCGCUUAUUUUCAAGACUUCUGACCUAGGCCUACCACUUGUACAUCGUGUGGGCUGACUCCACCUAGGAGUCCUCGUGACUGCACAUUGGUCCUCCGAGGUGCCGAUUUGCAAUUGGUCGUCGAAGCACCCGCGGAAUGGGCCAUCCCGCAGAAGGGGCUUUAAAAAAACCGUGCUGGAGGGGGUGGAUGACCAUCUGAUCUCCUCUAAACAAGAACGCGAAGCGCGAUGUUCACGUUGCUAAACAUUGCCUUGUUCAGUGGUGUUGCAAUUGCACAGGCCGUCUCAAUUGGCCCCACGGUCGACUUGGGAUAUGUAACGUACCUCGGCAACCAGUCGUACCCAAAUACGGUGGCAUACCUUGGGAUACCGUAUGCCGAGCCCCCUGUAGGCAACCUGCGCUUCCGUGCAACUGUCCCUCUGAACACGACGCGUGUCACUGAAGAGGCUAAGGGAGAGGCGCUGGUCAAUGCGACCUACUACCCUGACUUUUGUAUCCAAGGAACAACAGGUGUUGGGGAUGCGGGAGGAGCAGGAUCAGAGGACUGCCUAAAAGUCAACGUUUACUCACCCUAUGGUGCCAAAGAAGGCGACAACCUGCCUGUGCUGUUCUAUAUCCAUGGCGGAGGAUAUGUUUUUGGAAAUCCACGCAACUGGCCAUUUGAUAGCUGGAUCAAUCAAAGCCCGAACGUCAUCAUCGUGUCUAUCUAUUACCGUCUUGAUUCCUUCGGCUUUCUAGCCACUCCCGAGUUCACCGACCCCACGUACGGCGACUUUAAUGCGGGGUUCAAGGACCAGAUUCAGGCACUCAAAUGGGUAAAGUCAUACAUCAGCAAAUUCGGUGGCAGCCCGACCAAAGUGACCAUCAACGGUCAGAGCGCUGGUGGCAGCUCCGUGGAGCUACACAUGACUGCUAACCAGGGCGAACAGUUGUUUUCUGGCGCUAUUGCGCAGAGCGUCUUCAGGACACCCCUUCCCACCCCUGAGCAACAGCAGCCCCUGUUCCAAUUCUACGCAUUGUAUGCAGGAUGUGGAACAGGUUCUGUGGCAAAGCAAAUGACAUGCCUCCGUGGUGCAAGCAUCAACGCGCUUGCACGGGCACAGGAUGCUGCAGCCCAGGGAAAAUUUUCCGGCUUGUACGAUUCAUUCCACCCCGUCUUGGACGGCGUACUUAUUACUGGACACCCCACGAGAAUGUUCCAGUACGGUGAGUUCGUUCAUGUUCCGCUUAUCGUUGGCUCAACGUCCAAUGAGACUCUUUCUGGCGGGGCGAAUAUAUCUCUGGCACUCAAGGAAUUUUUCCCAUCCCUGACAGAUGAAGACAUUCAGGAGUUCUUGUGGCUAUAUCCCGCAGAUGAAUUUGAUUCUCCGAGUCAACGUUUCCAGGUGGCCACGGGCGAACCUGAUGUAAUAUGCGGUCGCCAGGCCAUGGGCGCCCCGUCCUCGCUAUAUUCCAAUACUUGGGCUUAUCGGUACAACACGCCUAAUCCGACGAGCGGUGCCGACAUUGUCGCACAUUCUGCGGAGAACUGGAUGAUGUUUGACGGCACCAACACUGGUCCCAACGGCUCUACGACAUUUACGCCACAGACACCCUCCGAACUUGCAUUCGCUUCCGAACUCGUUGCUUACUGGCUUUCCUUCGUGCGCGCCGGCGAUCCGAAUGCGUACAAACUGGACAAGUCUCCGACGUGGGAGCAGUACUCUGAGACCAACCCAACCCGGAUAGUCCUGAUGCAGGACUUGCAAAACCUGACGGUUGUCAGUGGUAGCUAUAUGGAGAGACAGCCUGUUACGGAGACCGUCAGGUGUGCAUUUGCAAUUAGCAAGGCGCAGGCUUGUGAAAAUUAG